AAGGAGCCCAGGCAUAGAAGCUGCAUCACUCACUUAAAAAGUCCUAUCCAAUUCAAUCCCCCAAGGAACUCUGAUAUUCCGGGUGCGAUGAGAGGGAAUACCAACGGCGGCGGCAGAUCAAUAAGCUCACCGGAGAAGAGAGCGGCGUGUAAUCACGGCAACCACCACAAAAGCGGGGGAAGUGAAUCAGAAACAAAGGAAGGAGGGUCAUCGUCCGGCAGCGGAGAAGGGGGAGUGUGGCUGCCGGAGUUCGUAAUAGCCUUAACGAAUAAAGAGAAGGAAGAAGAUUUCAUGGCGAUCAAAGGGUGUAAGCUGCCUCUCAGACCUAAAAAACGGCCCAAAAUUAUUCAACGCACCAUCAAUCUGGUGAGCCCAGGGACGUGGCUGUGUGAUCUAACGCUGGACAGAUACGAAGUCAGGGAAAAGAUGUCUAAAAAGAGACGAAGAGGGCUUAAAGCAAUAGUGAAAGUGGAGUCAGAUUCGGAGUGGGAAAGGCAUAGUUCAUGAAUACCAACUUUUUCUAUUGUAAUUUUUAAAUCUAUUUAACUUUAUUAAAUGGUUAGUUUUAAAAUAUUAGAAAUUUAUUAUUUUAAAAGUUUAAAAGGCAUUUUAGGAGUGGACAGCUGGAUGCAUUUAGGCAGCUUUUAUAUUAUUUUAUUUUUGGCAUUUGAUGGACACCGUUCCUUUUUCUGUACUUUUUUUUUUAAUAUUUAUAUAUUUACUUUCUUGUAAUAUGACAAUUU